UGAAAGUCUGGUCUAAUGAUGAGAACUUGGAUCUUCAUCCCGCUAAGCCUAUUUGUGCUGGUCAGUUGGGGAACCAUACCAUCAGUCCAACCGCAGUCUCUAGACCAAAUAGAAUCUUUCUUAAGUCAAAUGAACAUCAAGGAGAGGUUGAGUUUUUUAGCAGACAUGUUAAUUAACCAUCCUGUACUUUACAAUAAACUUGAGAAAAUCUUGCUAGGUGCGGUGCCAUUGAUAUCCGUUAUUAAGAUCAGACCAGAAAUCAAUGGUUACCUACUGCCAUGGGUUUUAGACAAUAUACCAAAAGUCCUCAGAAGUGAACUGCUAUUGAAUGUAACCCGUGUAGUAGUGAAUGAAAUAAACCAUAUUAAUAUCACUGGUCUAAAUACAAGUGGAAUAGAUCCUUUCAUGGCGGGAUUUAUUUCACGAUUUGACCUGUUGCAUACGGGAAUGCUGUCACUGGAUGUAGUGCUAGAUUCCCUACUUCCCAGUAUGGGUGUAGGUCAACAGAUCAAAGGAUUCAUAGAAGGCUACGGUGAAAAGAUUCUACAUGUCAUAAUAAACCAAAUAAAGUCUGACAUGAAGUCUCAAAUGAACGGUAAUAAUACAUCUGUCACAAAAAUGAGUCAAACCAGUUUACUACAGCUAGGCGUGGGAAUCCUACGAACCAUUCUUAUGCCUAUGGAAGAAGUUUUUCCCAAGCCUCAAAGUUCAACCCUCACAGAACAGUGCUACAGUGAUACUAUGAUAUUCUUGAAUAAUCUUCUUCGAGGAAAAAGAUGGGCUGUUCAAAUGUUCGAUUCUGCUGGUAAACCUCCCACUGGUACUCUCACCGGUAAUCUUCAUUUCAUUGGCUCCUAUGAUCAGUGUCUGUCCAUCACGCCUCAGAGUAGCAGUCUAGGUGGACAACUCACCACCAGAAACACCAGAUACUGUAGGGCGACUUUUGAUAUCCCAGACAGUCUAAUGGCUUCUGUUAAAUCUUUAAUAGGAGAAGUGAACACAUAUGGUGUUCCAAUUACACUGACAGAGGGGUUGUGUCUACCAGCUUCUUGUCAUGAACAAGAUGUAAAAGAAUUAUUCAAAUUAGGUUUCCUAAGAAGCUUCAACUUAGCACCUUCUGUGGAAUGUUCCAACUCGUACGCACUGGAAAAAGACAGAGAUGCCAUCAUUGUAAUAAUUAUCCUCUGCAUAGUUGCAUUCGUUUGCAUAAUGGCGACCUUAUUCCACAUCUAUCGAUUCUCGGAAGACGAUGAUGAGUUAAGAGUGUUUUCACCCUCACUGCCAGAUGCUUAUGACAACAAGGGGUAUGAAUCGGAAAUGAAAGAAACUCAACUUUCAUCCGAAAAGACGAUUAGUCACUCAACAGGAAAUGGACAUUUAAAUUCUGGGGAAGGCGAUUAUGAGUCUGUGGAUACAAAAUUAUCCACUGAAAAAUACGAAGGUUUUAAGGAGGGAGUCACAAAGACUUUUUCAUUGUGCCAAAAUCUACCCGAUAUUUUGUCGUUUGAUCAUCCAAAAGAUUCCAUCCAAUGUAUUCACGGUUUACGAUUUCUGAGUCUCGCAUGGCUGGUUUUAGGGGAUUCAUUUCUGUAUGCAGCUCUGUCCAUAACUAAAUCACCACUUACAGGUAACUUGCUGGAAGGAUUGGACCUGCUAAAGCAGUUCACUUUUCAAGCUGUUCUCUCCUCACCUUUUGCCAUCGAUUCUUUCUUCGUCAUCAGUGGUUUUUUGGUAACAUACCGAUUCCUUCGAAAAUGUACACGCAAACAAAAACUAAAAUGGCAGUCAAUCAUUGGAUUUUAUUCUAACAGAUACAUAAGGAUAACCCCGGUUUACAUAAUCAUAAUGAUGGUGUACACGUGUUUUUAUCAUUAUCUUGGUGACAGUCCCUUGUAUCCGAAUUCUAUUCCUGUAGCGGACAAAUGCAAGGAAUAUUGGUGGCAUCAUAUUCUAUACAUAAACAAUGUUGUAGGAACGACAGGGAAUUUAGCUUUUGAGCAGUGUAUGCCGUGGUCUUGGUUUCUAGCAUGCAUAAUGCAGUUCUACCUUAUAACACCAAUACUCAUUGUAUUUUAUUUAUGGUCGUCAGUUCUUGGAGGGGUUAUAGUUGGGCUCCUUUUGAUAGCAAGCGUAGUUGCGACAGCGAUCAAGGAGAAAAUGUACACUGGAGACAUCAUGUCAAUGAUGUCUGAUGGUGGAGACUAUUGGAACAAUGUAUUUAUCACCCCUUGGUGUCGAGUGGGUGUCUAUUGCAUCGGUAUUCUUUUGGGAUUCUUAUUCGAUACUUAUGAUUCUAGAGAAAAAGUCAAAAUUAGCAAGGUCGUCAAUCUUUUUGGAUGGUUAUUUUCUCUGGGUUUAAUGAUAACGCUUGCAUACUCACCAUUCACAAAGAAUCGUGAGGGAGGUUAUUCCUGGACCCCACUUCAGUCAGAGGUGUACGAGGCUAUAUCCCACGUGGUCUGGGCCUUGGCUCUCUCUUGGGUGAUUUUUGCAUGUGCUAAAGACCACGGAGGAAUUGUGAACUGGAUCCUAUCUUGGCGAGGAUUCCUUCCCCUGUCUAGGUUAUCUUUUGUUGUUUAUCUAAUUCAUCCAGUUGUUAUGGUGGCUUUUGUUUAUAACAAGAAAGUUUUGGUUUACAUGAACAAUUUAGAAAUGGCGUACAUGUUCCUUGGUCAUCUGAUUUCGUCGUUUGCCCUUGGUACAUUGUUCUCGGUGGGGAUAGAGUUACCCUUCAUACGUCUGCUCAAGCUUCUUAAGCGAAAAGGAUGCUCUUCUUAUUGCUAGACUUGUCGCAUGAGUGGCUAAUUUUAGAGAUUCCAUGUAAUGGUUUGAAGAUAGAAGUGUUAGGUAGUAAUACUCAAACAUUCUGUUUUCAUCAGCGUCGUCUUUU